CUCCCCUGCCGCCCGCGUGGCUGCCCGGGGCGGGAGGAGGGGCAGGAGCGGCGGCCGCUCUUAAAAGGGAAGGGAAGGGAAGGGAAGGGGAGGCAGCCAUGGCCUUCUGCAGGUUCUUCGGCGGGGAGAUCUAUCAGAGCCACUUCGAGUCCGGUAUAUACAUUUGUUCCAAAUGCGGCUAUGAAUUAUUCUCCAGCCAGUCCAAAUUCCUUCAUUCAUCCCCUUGGCCAGCCUUUACCCAUCCUAUUCACAGUGACAGCAUCUCCAAGUACUUAGAACGCCCAGGAGCUUUCAAGGUCUCAUGUGGCAAGUGUGGGAAUGGCCUGGGCCAUGAAUUCCUUGACGAUGGCCCCCAAAAGGGCCAGUCUCGUUUCUGAAUAUUUAGCAGUUCUCUCACGUUUGUUCAUAAAGUUCAAUCUGGGAAGAACAUGGAAAAAUAAACAGGCUGACAACAUUUUGACCAA